AUGAGGCCUCUCACAGAAGUAGAAACAAAGGUAGUCUUUGAAAAGCUUGCCAAUUAUAUUGGUAGAAACAUUGCGCUUUUAGUUGAUAAUCCUCAAGAUCCACAUGUUUUCCGUGUGCAGAAAGACAGAGUAUACUACGUUAGUGAUAAAGUUGCCAACUUUGCAACGUCGGUUGCAAGAAAGAACUUGAUGUCACUUGGUGUUUGCUUUGGUAAAUUCACGAAAACAGGAAAGUUCAGACUUCACAUCACCUCUUUGAAAUAUCUUGCACAGUACGCUAAAUACAAAGUCUGGAUCAAGGCGAAUGGUGAGAUGCCAUUCUUAUACGGCAACCAUGUUUUGAAGGCACACAUCGGUAAGAUGAGUGAAGAUAUACCUGAACAUGCUGGUGUGAUUGUUUUCAGCAUGAAUGAUACUCCACUCGGAUUUGGAAUUUCUGCAAAAUCAACUAUAGAAGCUAGAAACUUACAGCCAACAGCCAUUGUUACGUUUAGACAGGGCGAUAUUGGCGAAUACUUAAGAGAUGAAGACACUCUUUUCACAUGA